UCAGUAGUAAUUUGAUGUGUGUCCCUGGGGACAUUUGAUGGAUUAAAGCUAAGCAGCUCCAUUUCGCAGCACCACCUGAUCUUCCUCUGCCUGUGCCCCAUAUAAAGGCUGGCGUGAUUGCUGAUCUCAGCUAGUCUGACAGUCUCUCUCUCUCUCUCUGUUGCACUCUCUCCCUCCUCUCUCUCUGUCUGUCUCCAUCUCUUCUCUUCCUCACUGGUCUCUUAAGCCUGCUGCAUCACAGGAGCUAUCCAGUGCUGAACAGGAUCGCUUUUAUUUUUUAUUUUUUUAUUUUUUCUGGGGGACGCUGGGGGAACCAAAGAGUAUCAACCUAGCACUGCCAUCAGCCUCAUUCUCCGCCGGUUUCCAUCUUUUUUUUCCUUUCUUGUCUUAUGUUUCUGACCACAUCAACCACAAGGAUUUACCGUCAAGCCAGCUCCGCUUGUUUGCGUCCUCAGAGGGUCUUUUAUUUUUUCUCAUGCGUUUCUCUCAGCCCCGUGUUUUCAUCCACUGAAACAUGCCCCGCUCUUUUUUGGUGAAGAAAAUCAAGCUUGAUGAUUUUUCUUCAUCCAAUGUGGCCAACUCCAACCAUCAUCACCACCUGGACGACUCGUUCACUUUUGCCCGGUCCAUCACAGACUCGGUGACCAGUCUCGGGGUUCGCCUCAGCGAGAAUGGAUACAUCCAGGAUUACAUCACACCAUCUGUAUACCAGGGGGAGAAGAAGAUGGAGAAUAAACUGGCAUCGCCGGUGUCGGACCCCCUGUACACCCAGGUGAGCAGCGGAGGGGAGUACUGCGACCCGGACCUGAAGCACCCCGACAGCCCGCAGUCCGGCAUGACGGCAAGCGGCUUCUACACUGGUGAAUCGGAGGCUCUGGCCGAGGGUUACACCAUGGAUGCCUUCUUCAUCUCCGACGGGCGCUCCCGGCGAAAGGGAGAGGGUGAGGCUCGCGGGUCCAGCUCGAGAAGCAGCAGUGCGAACGGAGGGGUCCAGGAGCGGGGCACCGGGGUGCCUCGCCACACCUGCAACGAGUGCGGGAAGACCUACGCCACCUCCUCCAACCUCAGCAGACACAAGCAGACGCACCGCAGCCUGGACAGCAAGAUGGCCCGCAAGUGUCCCACCUGCAGCAAAGUGUACGUGUCCAUGCCGGCACUGGCAAUGCACAUCCUCACCCACGACCUCAAGCACAAGUGCGACGUGUGCAGCAAGGCCUUCAGCCGGCCCUGGCUGCUGCAGGGCCACAUGCGUUCUCACACGGGGGAGAAGCCCUUUGCCUGCGCCCACUGUGGCAAAGCCUUUGCUGACCGUUCAAACCUCCGCGCCCACAUGCAAACACACUCUGCCUUCAAGCACUACAGAUGCAAGCGCUGCAAUAAGACCUUCGCUCUCAAGUCCUACCUGAACAAGCACUAUGAGUCAGCUUGCUUCAAGGGCUCUGCGGACGAAGACGACUCUGGAUCAGAGAACUAACACAAGAGAGAAGCAAAAUUUCUGAACCCCUGUCGAAGGUUCACAACCAAUAACCCUGAUCACUCUGCCCUCCAUGCCUUUUUUCUUCCCUUUUUUUAGAAAGCAAUAUUUUCACUGAGAUUACGUGAAGAAACUCUGAUAACUGAUUAUGGCAAAGACAAUUUCAAAAGAUGCUGGAUUUUUUUUCCCUGCACAGUAGCUAAUCGUCCACAGAAACAUACAAUCAAUCAACCUUUUCCCCCAAAUAGAGACUGUAGAUGGUAGUUGUACACAACUCAGCAACGUGUCCUCACACCAAUGUGGGAACACGCAAACACACACACACACGCACACACACGCUUACAUGAAUGCACACCCACACUUACUACACAAUUAUAUAUGAGGCCUGGCAUGUGAAUUUUUAUCAAUGACUAUAAUAAUAUUGAUAUCAAUAGUAAUAAUAUUUAGAUUCCUGAUAUUUUAUAGGAAAUAGUAACAAAAACAAACAAAAAAACAUAAAAAAGGACUAACAGUGUUCUUUUGUUUUUUAGAGACAAAAUGACCUCUUGUAUUUUUAUGCUGCUUUUUAUUUGCUAAGAAUUUAAUUCUUUUGCAACUGCCAACAUAAACUUUUUACAAAAAUGUGAACUAUGACAGUAUUUGCAAAAAAGGGAGAUCAUUUUAAAAAGGUUAAAAAAAAAGACAAACCCUCCUUUUUGUCCACACCAACGUUUCAAUUCAACGGAUGUUAUUUUUCUAUUUAAUUUUUCUAAAUUUAUUUUUUUGUGCUUUUUAUCUCUUGUUGAUCAAAAGCUUCUUUGUAACUGUGGGUACAUGAAACAGAGCUCAUCUUAAAUAAGCUAUAAGACGAACAUACGUCAUUCAGAUCAAUUCUGCAGGAACAGCGAUUUUAAAAUGUUGGCCUGUUGAGCAGGUAUUAUUACUUCCAUCAUCCGAUCCGAUUCAUAGUCUCACCCUGAUGCACAGACUUGGACAAAAACAAAACAAAACAAAAAAAAUACAUACUCACAGAGAGCCAGACCAAAUGAUCUAAUAAGUGCCAUGAGCGGUUCACUCAUCUAUAGCAAUUAAAACUCUUGUUGUUCUUCCUUCACCAUGAUGGCUAGCGUAAACGCCGCUGCCUCCAUGGUGCCUCGUCCAGUCUUAAUGAGUAAUCUCGACCCCAUAUUUGAGGUGCUCCCCCCUCCACCAGUAUUACCUCAGAGUGAACGUACGGACUCGCACACCCUCAGUUACAAAGUGACAAAUUUUUGUGUUUGUCUGUUUUUAUAUGUCGCUCAAAGCUACGCCCAUGGUUUAGUAGAUGCAUACCAUCUAUUUAUCAUGUAAAUACUUUAUUUAUCCUCCUGUUUAUCUAUUUAUUUAUUUAUUCAUCCUAUUUUUUGCUUAUUUAUUGAAUACUUAUUUAUUAUGUAUUUAUUUAUUGUUUGUAAUUUAAAAAAAUGAACAUCCAUUGACCUUGUAAGAUGCUGCUGAUCUUCAAAGAAAAUGUUUAUAUGCAUGAAAACUGUAGAGAGUCCAUGGGACUUAGUUUUAAAGAGGAACAAUGUACAGUACCAGUGCUAGAGGACUUCCAAUGAAUGAAUGCAAAAUUAGUUUUAUGUUUUGUGGCAAUAACAUGACUGAAAAAGCAAUUGACUGGAAAAACAAUCACAGCUGUUCUGUUUUUGUUCAACUUAGGGCAAUAAAAAGAAAACAAUGACAAAAAAUUAUUGAUUUUGUUUCCCAAAAGCCCUCCACCUCCUCACAGAAGGAGAUUUUUGGCCUCUUUUUUUUGUCUUUCAAUCUCAGGCAAUAAGUUCUCAGAAGUGGUCUACACUGAAAAUCAGAAAACAAAAAGGUCUCGGGUGUGCUAAAGUCGCAACAGCAAUAAUGACGCCAAGAUUAGCAGGUCAUAACUCCAAAACUGACAUGGGAUCGUUUUUUGUUCACGUAAUAAUUUUUAUUCUACUUUAAAAACACAACAAGACAGUAAUAAUAAUAAUAAUAAUAAUAAUAAUAAUAAUAAUAAUAAUAAUAAUAAUAAUAAUAAUAAUAAUAAAGUAUUUAAAUGCACCAAAGUGUGUAAUGGUUUGAAGGAAGCUAAUGUAUUCUCUUUAGCCGCACUGUUAAAACAAUCUUGGCAUUAACUUCCAGGGAAAAGAAAGUUUUUCAAAUUGCUGUAAUAAAAUAACAUGCAGCAUUGCACUUCUAAACCGCAGCUCUAUGGGGUUUUUUUGUUUCCUCCCCUCAUCCCUCCCCUACGCAGCAGCCGUCCUCACCCUGUCCCAACUGCCUCUGAACAGACGCGGCAAGCAUUAGAUGUGCUGAAGUGGGAUUGGCGGAGGGUGGCGGAGUGUGGGAGGAUAACAGGUGUUUGUAGACAGACUGCAGAUAGGGAGCGUAAUUGAGUCGGUGAGCGACCUCCAAGGGGAAGGUCAAGCACCAGCAGGCAAAUGCACUGUCAGCUAUUUGCAUAUUCCAAAUGGAUGGCACUAUCGCAGUAAUGCUGAGCUCGCUCUGGGAAAAAAAAAAAAAAAAAAAAAAAAAAAAAAAGCAAAGCUGAGGAGGAGAAAGGAGAGCAAAGAGGAGCUUCUGUUCUAUUUGUUCAUCCUCUUCUCUCUGUUUCACCAUCAUCCUGUGUAGUGCUACAGCUGAAUCACUGCAUGAGAGCAUCCAAACCACCUGUCUAAUGAUCAACGUGUAGGACACACAAUCUGGAACAUCACUGUAAUAUUACACAAAUGCAAAAAAUUAAAAAAUUGCUUCCAAAAGAUUUUUUAUGUUUUUCUAUAUUAACGUGCAAGGGGACAAUAAAGUAUCUCCAAAACAUGGGGGAUGUGUGUUUAAACAACAAAUACAUGCACUGAGCAUAUUAAAAUAGCAAAUGCAGGCUUGCAUUUAAACCUGGCAGUAUUAAAAAUCUGUUUCCAGAAAAAAAGGGGCACAACAAGCAAAAAUAUUGCAUUUAGAUGUAGGGAAACAUUGUUCCUCUUUGAUUUUGUAAAUAUAUUUGUAAAUAUAUCACAGCAAUAAUAUCACAAUGCAUGUAGACAUUUAAAUGCUCUUUUUCUAUCCAUGUCUUUUUUUUCUAUUUAAAAAGAAAAGACAAAUGCAGGUACCAAUUGCAGUCUGGUUGGCCAUGUGAAUCAGGGAGCGUCUUGAUUAAGAAGCUAUCUGUUAUAAGUUAGAACAACAACUUUCAACUCUGUGUUUUCUCAAAGAUCUGAUCAUGUUGGAUAUGAUUUUUUAAAAUUUCCUUUCUUUUUUUCUUUCUAUUUAUGUGCCCGGCUUGGCUGCGCAAUGAAAAAGUGCCAAAAAGUAUGAUUUCCAUGACAAAAGCCUUCAACAUAUGGUUGGCUGCUUGAAACCAUCCAUAUGGUCCUCAAAGAAAAAAAAAAAAAAAACUGAUUAAGAUUUUCCACCUUCUUACUCAUUCUUUCUCUCUCUCUCUCUCACUCUCCUUAUCUCUCUCUCUUUCUCUCCGUUCCAGUAUGAAGAAACUUAAGCCAUGAUUGCUGAGGGGUGUUUUCAUUUAUCUUGUUCUGCUACAAUUAAUAACAACAAUAGCAAUGAUAACAUUAAUAAAAACAAUAGCACAAGGAA